UCAUCAGACCCAUCCGAUCCUGGCAGCCCCGGCUCUAGAUUCGAAACGAAAUUUAAGGGAUUUCAGCCACUGUGCACACAACCAAUUUUAGAUUCAUUACCAAUGCAUCUUUUCGAUACAUUUCUAUUGGGUAUUACUGCUGUUUUUGUGGUCCAAGCUUGCAAUCCUUUAAGAGGACCACCAGGACGGGAUGGACGGGAUGGAAAUGUAGGAGACCGAGGGGAGCCGGGAGAUGAAGGACCAGUUGGAGACGAAGGUCCUCCUGGGUUGCCUGGAAUUAAAGGUCCACCAGGAGAAGAAGGAGAUGUGGGAUUGCCUGGAGAUAUUGGCGAUCCGGGACUGCCAGGUAUAAGGGGACAAAGAGGACCACCUAUGGGAGGGUAA